GUGCAUGGGAGGUAUAAAUAGGAGCCAUUUCCUUAACAGGGUACUUUGCAUUUCAGUUACCCCCUGCCUAUUCAGUAUCUCUCCACCAUGGCCGAGAAAUUUGAAAUCCUUAAUUUGGAGCUGAAGGCUGGUGAAAGUUUGAAGAUUAAAGGAAAACUCACGGACGAUUUUAAGAACUUCUCCUUCAACCUGGGGCGCAGCGCCAGUGACAUUGGAUUACACUUUAACCCUCGCUUGCCUGAGAAUACCAUUGUUUGCAACUCCAAGCACAGCAACAACUGGGAGUCGGAGCAGAGGUCUAGCCACAUGUGUUUCACACCAGGAUCAGAUGCCAAGAUCUCUAUCAAAUUUCAUGGGGACAAGUUUGAUGUAAAACUUCCAGAUGGCCAUGAAAUUUCUUUCCCAAACCGCCAUGGUUAUGACAAGCUUACCUAUCUUUCUGUGAAAGGGGACUUCAAAGUGACAUCCUUCAAAUACGAGUAAAGAAUUUUGUAGUGGCAGCAAGAAAUAAAAACAAUUUCCAUUAAAA